AUGAAGGAGUUCAAAGACGUUCAAGUCAUCUACAAACCCUUGAGCCAGCCCAAAAUAGGGUUGGGUUACCAAGGAUUCAAUCCGCGUACCGAAAUCUUGCCCAAGGGGUGGUCAAACGAGGGAAAGCGACCCUUGACGUGUGAUAUCCUCGUUGAACAUGACGUCGGGUACAAGGUGCGCGAUGGAGUCACCCUGUAUGCGGACGUUCUUCGUCCUCCCACCGGCCGGGUCCCGGCUAUUGUUUGCUGGAGUCCCUUCGGAAAGAAGUUCAACGGCUCCGACGCGUUGAAUCUGAUGGCUCCGUACAAUUUGGGCCUCCGCGAUGACGCGCUCAGUGGUUUGGAGAAAUUCGAGGCGCCGGAUCCCGCCUUUUGGGUGGAAAAGGGAUACGCGAUUGUCAAUGUGGAUAAUAGGGGCAGCUUUGACUCGGAGGGUUCGUGUGCGGUGCUAGGAACGCAGGAAGGAGAAGAUGGUCAUGAUGUGAUUGAAUGUAUCGCCCAAGAGCCGUGGUGCACUGGAAACAUUGGGAUGGCCGGCAAUUCCCACCUUGCACAAAGCCAAUGGUUUAUUGCCGCCCAGCAGCCACCAUCACUGAAAGCUAUUGCGCCUUGGGAAGGCUGCGCAGAUAUGUACCGCGAGACCUUUGUUCGUGGCGGUAUCUACUGUGGCGAUCUCUUCGAUGAACUCAUUUCGAAAUAUGUCAUACACGGACGCGAGAUCGAGGGCAUCCGGGCCAUGUUCGACAAAUACCCGCUCGCGAAUGACUACUGGAACGAUAAGCGCGCUGAGAUCGAAAAGAUUGAUAUCCCGACAUACAUCACCGGCACGUGGUCCAAUACUAUGCAUGGCAUGGGAGCCAUUCGAGGAUGGCUCAAGGUGAAGACGUCCAACAAGUGGCUCCGAUUCCAUCCCUACCAGGAAUGGUAUGACCUGUGGGGGUGUCCGGAGUCCACCCAGGAGCUACUCCAGUUCUUCGACCGGUACCUCAAGGGGCUUGACAACAACUGGGAGAGCACACCCCGCGUGCGCAUGGCGUUGUUGAAAUUCGGCCAAACGCCAUCGAUAGGCGGCAUCGUGGAGCAGGACUUUCCCAUUCCGAAUGCUGAAUACAAGAAGGCGUACCUCGAAUCCAAUGAAAGGUUGGCCCUCAACAAGCCCAUAAACAGCCUCAUCUUGUCGUACGAUGCAACAUCCCAAGCCGGCUUCUUGAAAUUCAGGUACACGUUUGAUAAAACGACGCGAAUCAUGGGCAUGCCAAAGGCAGUCCUGUACAUGUCAUGUCAGGAACAUGAUGAUAUGGAUGUUUUUGUUAUCCUUCGCAAGGUAUCGUCCACAGGCGAGCCUAUGUUGUGCUUAAACGUGCCGUGGGAAGGUCUGCCAGUCAAGUCAUUCCACGAAAUACCUGAGAAGCUGCGGACAGAAGUUAUUCUCUAUAAAGGACCGACGGGUAUACUCCGGGCGUCGCAACGCGCAAUUGACCACGACAAGUCAAUGCACCCUAACUGGCCUUUCCACCCACAUGACCGAGAGGAGCGCAUUCCACCCGGACAAAUCAUCAAGCUUGAGAUUGGCAUUUGGGCAACAGGUAUCGAGUUCCAGGCUGGAGAAAGUAUACAGUUUGAAAUUGCGGGGCACUUUCGAGGUGUCUCCAACUUUGGGAGACCAGAGCAUGUCAAGAACAAAGGCCGGCAUAUUGUUCAUAUCGGAGGGGGACACGAUAGCCAUGUACUUUUGCCCUUCUGCUAG